AUGUUGUUGGGCCUUCCUCCUGAAUUAUUACCGAUGAUAUUUCAGAAUCUAGGGAACCGCGACUUGUGGGCAUUAUUCAAUACCUCAAAGGGUGUACGGCACAAUGCUGCCAGGACUCUCUUUCGACGAAUCAAAAUCGAUCAUGCACCAUGCAACUUUCCCGAGGCCCUGAACGAGAGGCCACUACCAGCAACGAGGAUUUUCCAGCUCUUAGGCGAGUGGCUACCACUUGUUCGAGAGAUAUGCAUCUUUUCUUACCGAGCUGUGGAGCCUUGCAUGCUAAACUUGCUGGGUCGAUUCCCCAAUGUAGAGCGUUGCCGUCUCGAUGCCGAGAGAAGCGAUGAGAGCUCAGAUAGUUUAAAGCAACAGCUCAUUGAGCAGCCAUCCCUUCGAAAGUGGUAUCUUUUUAAUACUAUUCCUGGUUCCUGGCCACUUCUGCCGUCAUUCCAGUCGCUACAGACGCUUGAAAUAAGAAGUUUAUCAAGUGGUACUCUAGUGGUGCCCGCCAUGCCAGCUCUCUUGAAUCUUCGAAUUGGUUUCGAUUGUUCCUUUUAUAACGAUGAGAAAGAAGCGGGGGUUUGGGACUGCGCUGUUCUCGUAGACUUCUCGACGCUACCGAGACUGUCCAGAUUGGCUAUUUCUAACCUCGACCUUGGUGACUUGGUUUUCCAGGGAAAAGCGGAAUCUUUAAAGACAUUGGAAAUAUUUCUUGGGCAAGGUGAAUUGAGCGACCAGUUGAGUGAUAUACUUCGUGAAAUUGGAGGAGGGCUGGAAAAAAUUAUUCUGAACGACGUGUUGGGCACAUGUUCUGAGCUAGAUGUCGAGCUAAUCUCCAUCAAGAAGAUUCAUCUUAUUGAGUCGACCGGAUUUCUCCCUUUUCUGAUCUUCAACAAACUCCCUGCUUUGGAAGAAAUUACCUGGGAACAACCCUUCAGGAAGGAGCGUCGCUUGUUUCAGGAGCUCGAGGCCAUUCGCAGCAAUUUUCCAAACGAUAAAAGUGAUUGGGCGAGCAUUAUGCAACUGACCAAUAGCAAUGGAUAUCUAACUCCAUUUUUGGAUUUGGCGAGACGGCGUCUGGUCGAUUGCUUCGAGCGUGAAUAUGAAUGGUAUUAUUUAUGA